AUCUAAACUGACGAUGGUUACGCAACUGGUCCUGGCGCUACUUUCACCUCUGAUGACAACUGCUCUCAACUUCUCAGAAGCCGAGGUUUUCCCUCACGAGGCGCCACCUGUUAGCUACGGCAGGUCAAUGACCUCUGACCUGGAGCGUGACCUGCGGAUCAUCGACCAAUUUUCGGCGGAAAAGCGCGGCGCACAGUGCGUCUCGAACCCAAGAGUCUCGGUCAAAAUUGACAUCGAUACCUCAAGGUAUAAAGAACUUACCGGGCUGGCCGACACGGUGGCUGAAAUAAUGGGAGCCUACGGCAACUUUACGCCAGAGGCGCUGCUCUCGGUGACCGUACAAACCCUGCAGCGGCGUCUUGAAUACCUUCUAGAGGCGCGAUCAGUGGUUCUCAACCCGAACACGGGCGCCCCGGUAUCGGUCAUAAUUGUACAACCAGCUCCGCCCAGCGCGGUUCCUUCGGCGGAACCUGAACCACCGGUGGUUACAGUGGUUCAGGAACCGAAACAGAUGGCGGACCUGGCCGGAGAACCGUGGUUCCUUGCGGACAGAUACGCCGAAUAUGUGCAUGGUCAGCAUAUGCGUCAGGACCCUGCACUGAUGGAGAAAGGAGUAUGGACGCACCCCUACCUACGCUGUAUGGAUAGAAAGUGGAUUAUAUCUUAUACCGUCAGAGUACCGGCACGACCCAGCGAGCCAAAGAACAGGGUGAAUAGCUUCAUCAGCUUUGAUGUAGACGUGUCCCGGUUGGAUAUUAAUCAGUGUGACGUCACUGGAGGCGGCGCUGACGUCACUGGAGGCACCAGAGGUGGCCAAUCGGAUCAGCUGGAAGUGUUCAGAGGACUGCAUAAAUGUCACGAUACUUCAAAGUGUAUUUUCACGCCGGGCCGCGGCUGGCUGCGCGGAGGAUAUAUCUGCCGCUGUUUGCCGGGUUUUUACGCCCCCGGUGGACAACCGGAGUUUGACGGCAUCAGCGUAGAGGUCGCCUACGAGGAGCGUCUUCAGGAGGGCCGCGGUGGAGGCAGCUCUUACGACAUGCUGUACAUCUGCAAGCCUUGUGCCCCCGGAUGUGUAACAUGCACGUCAGACAGGCCCUGCAUGGCGGCGUACAACUGGGUGUUCAGGAUCGUGCUGUUGACCAUCUCUAUGCUGUGCGUUUUGAUGACUUUCAUUGUCAUCGGCCUCAUAGUGCGUUUCAAGCGUCUCAAAGUCAUCAAAGCGGGAUCACCUAUCUUCCUGACCGUUACCCUGCUGGGAUGUGUUGCAAUGUAUAUGGAGAUGGCGGCCAUUUUCCCCGUGCUGGACACAUACAGCUGUGUGGCCACCAAAUGGACGCGUCACAUGGGAUUCUGCAUCACCUAUUCUGCUCUGCUGCUGAAAACAUGGAGAGUAUCUCUAACUUACCGGGUCAAGUCUGCACACAAGCUGAAGUUGACGGACAAACAGCUACUUCAGUGGCUCUUCCCUAUCCUUCUAAUUAUG